AUGCCCAUCGCUCCUGGCGGCGACCAACGAGAGCCAUGGAUGCAAUUUGGUGGUUUAUACCGCCCAAUCAAUGACCUCAGUCAACCGUGGGUCGCUUCACCAGUUGUCACCACGCCGCAGACUCUGCCACCAACCAAAUCCGCGCUACCUGUCGAACAUCGUGCCGGUUCAUCGUUUUCGAGGAUCCCUAUCGCACAGCCAGCGAUAGAUAGCGGUGGAAGUAACCCUGGAACGAAUAAGCGUCGUAAAGGAUGGGGGCUCUUGGAACGUUUUCGAGGAUCGUCUAAACGGAAUGCGUCGGGGUCGUCGACGUCGUCGGUUCCAGCCACUGAGUCGGUGGUGAAUGACCGAGUCCCUCUUGCUGAAUGGAAAGCAUACGGUUACUAUGCUUGUCCGAACGUUGACGGUGUCACGGGAGCAGCCCCUUGGCCGGUGCCCCCUGAUGUCGAUAUUCAAGGGAUGUUUGACUCUUUACGCAGUGUUGACGGCGACCAUCCAGAGCGGUGGAUUUCGGGGACACAGCAUACUGCGCUGCCUCCUCGUCCGACAAGAUGGAAGGUGCCGAAACCACACGAACCGCUUCCCUUUCCAUGGGAAUGCCAAUUAAAUCCUUUUCUCGAACACCAGCUAUUUGGUCCUACAUCCUUGUGGUUCGACAUAGGUCAAGAUCCUUCUAUGCUUUGCUACGGCACCGUCGAAACUAUGAUACCCAUCUCACGGGCGGACAGGAUUCAACCAGCGACAUACCCAUUUCUCACUCACAUGUUCAUCAACGCUAUCGGCGACGACCCCAUCCAACCUUUCCUCUGGCCUUUCAUGGUCCGCAAUCCUGAAGGAAUCAAAUGCGAAGAUAUAUACAACGCAGUAUACGAGAAUUUUCAGCAAUACGUCUCUCAAUCGGAAUACUACGAUUGGCCGCAGGUUCGCCAGAUUCAAGUCACCAAAGCGUACAGAGCAAGACUGUCCUCCCGGUCAAAUCAUAACUCUGGUUUCGUAGAAGGGAUACAACGCGUGGAUUACCUUGGGGAUAAUAUCAUGUUUCGAGGCCUCGAGCCCAACCCGAACAUUGACGGAUGGGUGAUGUUCGUAGGACGGACAUGGUAA